CCAGCAUCCCAGUGGUCCAGCGGCUGUACACAAUGUCAUUUCUGCUCGACGUUCUUCCGGCGUUUCGCGAGCGGAACGGUCCGCACGAGUAAUGAAAGCCGGAUUGAAGUCCGCCUGGAAUACCGUCGACUGAUAAACGCGCGCUAGAGAUCGAACAUAUCCCAGAUUUACGGCAGAUUAUGAUACACAAGAAGGGCACGGGAUAAAAGCGUCGUAUUUAGAGAACGAGUAACGAGGAAACCGUGGAGGCCGAAGCGCAAGAUGUUUUCGAUGAGCCUUGUCUAAUCACGCACGUUUAAUCGCAAGACAAAAUGAUGUUCUCCUUAAUCAUCCUGAUUCUUUCUGUGGGAAUCUGCUACAGCAAUCCAGACGCUAAAAGACUUUACGAUGAUUUGCUCUCAAAUUAUAAUCGACUGAUACGACCUGUGUCUAAUAAUACUGAUACUGUUAUCGUAAAAUUAGGACUCCGUCUCUCACAGUUAAUAGACCUUAAUUUAAAAGAUCAAAUCUUAACGACGAACGUCUGGUUAGAGCAUGAAUGGCAGGACCAUAAAUUCCAGUGGGAUCCCUUCGAAUACGGUGGUGUCACUGAACUCUACGUGCCCAGCGAGCAUAUAUGGCUGCCCGACAUUGUACUUUAUAACAAUGCGGACGGGGAAUACGGUGUGACGACUAUGACUAAAGCCAUUUUGCACUACACCGGCAAAGUGCUUUGGACCCCUCCGGCAAUUUUUAAAUCCUCUUGCGAAAUAGACGUUAGAUACUUUCCCUUCGAUCAGCAAACCUGUUUCAUGAAAUUCGGCUCAUGGACGUACGAUGGUUUCCAAAUCGACUUAAAGCACAUUAAUCAAAAUGUGGGUGACAAGGUCGAAGUAGGUAUCGACCUGCGAGAAUAUUAUCCAAGUGUGGAAUGGGAUAUAUUGGGUGUUCCGGCAGAACGUCACAAAAAAUACUACCCGUGUUGUCUCGAGCCCUAUCCCGACAUUUUCUUCAACAUAACUUUACGUCGAAAAACGCUGUUCUACACGGUGAAUCUUAUAGUGCCGUGCGUCAGCAUUUCUUAUCUGUCGGUUCUUGCCUUUUACUUGCCGGCCGAUUCUGGAGAGAAGAUCGCUCUCUGCAUUAAUAUCUUGCUAUCGCAGACCAUGUUCUUCUUACUAAUAUCCGAGAUUAUACCAUCCACGUCGCUGGCGCUACCGUUGCUCGGCAAGUAUCUACUUUUCACGAUGAUCCUAGUCGGACUGUCGGUCGUGAUAACGAUCAUUAUUCUGAAUGUGCACUAUCGCAAACCGAGCACUCAUAGAAUGGCACCUUGGGUGAGAAGAAUCUUCAUCAGAAGAUUGCCAAAGCUACUUUUGAUGAGGGUACCCGACGAUCUUCUCAAUGAUCUUGCCGCGCAUAAAAUACAUGGAAGAGGAAAAUCAGCAAAGAAAAGCAAGUUUAACGCUGCUAUCGCGGCUGCGGCGCAAUCAUCGAUAAUAUCUUCGCCGGAUUCUGCCCGUCAUCAACGAAUCGACGGUUGCAACGGUUUACAUAGAACAACUGCUCAUAACCGAUUUUUAGUCGGUAGUUUAGGAUAUAAUGGACUCCCAACAGUCAUGUCUGGUCUUGACGAGUCGUUGAGCGAUGUAACGCCAAAGAAAAAAUACCCUUUCGAGCUGGAAAAGGCUUUGCACAAUGUCAUGUUCAUCCAGCACCACAUACAACGCCAGGAUGAAUUUAAUGCGGAAGAUCAAGAUUGGGGUUUCGUCGCGAUGGUUCUCGAUCGUCUGUUUCUGUGGAUGUUCACGAUAGCUUCAAUAGUUGGAACCUUCACUAUCCUAUGCGAAGCACCGGCACUCUAUGACGACACGAAACCGAUUGAUAUGGAAUAUUCCUCUGUUGCUCAACAGCAAUUUCUGCCACCUGGUCAGGAGUUGCUGAAGAAUAUCGUAUAAGCGUAUUCGUUCGAGCACGCGCGAUGUGUUUCUAUUAUCAGCAUGAAAGGGAAGCGGCGAACUGUCUUUCCGAGUAUAGCAAGUUGUGAUAGGUCAUGACCAUGGAACCGAAGAACCAUUUCCAAACGCGAAAUGCAGUUCGCAAUCGUUCAUUAUAUAUAUUAUAAUUCGUACUCGACAUUCAAAUUAUAUCUAGAUAAAUUAUAGUCUUAAAUUUUAAGACGUAUAUAUGGAGAAUUUUAAAACCGAAUAUAACUACAACAUUAGUAUAUAUAUUCGGUUCUAGGAACUGGCCUAAUGAUGAAAACGUGAUUUAAUUCUGAAACAGACAAUUCGCUGGCUUGCCUCGUGAGCGACGAUUACAACACGAUUAUAUUCCCGAAACAAAUUUGUAUUUGUAUCUACUAUUAUACGCGCAAAUAGUGUGCGACUCGUUCUUUGAUAAUGAUGACGUCUAUUGAUGUUUGCAAUGUUACAACAGAAGACUUCACGAUAGAUAUCAUUUGUAAAACUUUUGGUAACGUUGGUUACACAGACGAUAUAUAACAGUGGUAUCUUAUUCGCACAUUAAAAUCUAUAUAUAGGACUUUCAUGCUCCAAUUAAUAUCUUCCCGAAGAGCAAUCAAUUCAUAUAUGUAGCGUAGUUUUUCGAUAAAUUAUAAACUGAACUUUUUUCAUUACGAGAAUACGCAUAUACAUAUACAUACGUGUGUGUGUGUGUGUGUGUGUGUGUGUGUGUGUGUGUGUGUGUGUGUACACACAUAUAUAUAUACACACACAUACACACUUUGUUCGAUAUACCGAUGUACGCAUUGAAAGCCAAAAUAAAAAUUAAAAAAUCAAAAGUUAA